CACACUUCAUAUCUAGACUUCCCAAAGCGGCAUAAAUUGGGGUUUCAAGACGCGUGACGCGUGCCGUGUUCCAUUUCGCCCACCACAACUCCAACCACAAUCAUUGCGAUCUAACAUCAUCCGUCAUCAAUGAAACAAAGCAAGCAAGCAUCCCUGUACACAAUUGUGGAUUCCAGAUUCUCGUGAAGCAACCGAAGCAGCGCAUCUCGAUUGAGCUCUCUCCUAUCGCUCGAUCUUAUCAGCGACAUGCCCCCUUUCCUCCUUGCGUCCACCUCGGAAGGCCUUCUCCACCCCGCAUUCUUCGUCGGGGCAAGGAUAGCAAAUGACGUUGUUGCUGGUGGCUAGACGCCCAUCCAGCAACCCUCAUACCGAAGCCCUAACUGAUCCUCACCACUCUAUUCACACAGCCAACUAUGCAAUCCCAGGAAUCCCUCUUCCCUUCCCCAAGUAUAUCAGAACUAUAGCUCCAGCCCUACCUAUCCCAACAACUCGCCACUACAGCCAGAAUCAACACCACUGGCCCCUUCCAUCCCUUCAAUCCCCACGAUAUCAACUCGACCAUCCCCGGGCUCCCUGGGGCUCCCUCUCUCCCUUCCCCAACUUCUUACCUCAUACACACACACCCUAUCCCUACACCAAGACCAAAAAAAAGACCCAGACUCAACUCAGGUACGUUCUCCCAACCUCCGCAUUCACCCCUCUUCCAAGAAUCUGUAGACAUCAUGCAAGGGGGAUGCAGAUCUCGGACACUCCACCCGCGCCUGUCUCGCCCGCGCCCGCGCCCGCGCGCAAGCACAAAAGCACGCGUCCGUGCCACGUCUAUCAGAUCGGAUCAGCUUCGCUUGUACCUUGUGUCGCCGGCGUGUGCGUAUUCAUGCUCGUUUCGCUGUACAUACAGCUACCGUGUUUCGUGAUUUGCAUGUUGGGCUACAGUGGUGGGGGGGGGUGGGGGGGCAGCAGGCCAUAGCACGAGAACUCUCUCCCGGUUUACGCUAUACGGGUAGGUCUGUCUGCAUCGAUGGCAGCUGUCGUAUGUUGGGUGUAUUGGCGGCUGGAGGAAGAUAUUGAUGCAUAGGUGCUAUGUUCCGGGAUAAACCGCAUUAUUCUCGAGAUCCUCCGAGAGGGUGAAGAUCGAUGCUUCU